GGUCCACUAUGGGCGGGAUCAUGGGCAAAGCCAUGGACGACAACUUGCAGAAGAACCAACAAUUUAUGUUGGAAAUGAACCGGGUCACCAUGGAGCGGCAGAUUCAUAUGCAGAAUCAGAUGCGGGAGAGGAUGGCCGCGUUGCAAAUUGCUAAAGCCAGGGAGAUGUUCGUCUGGCUCAGCUCGUUCUACGGCAUAUCAGUCGCGGCCAUGCUAAAAGGCUUUCAGAGCAGCAAGAAACCCGCGGUUUUGGUUCCUUUGCUUCCACUGACCUUCUUAAUCGGUUACCAAGCCGAUUUGGCUUACGGGACCAAAUUAAACCGGAUCAAGUCUGAAGCGGAAAAUAUCAUGAUGUUUGAGCGGGAUCUGAUCGAGAUCCCCACGGGUCUACCUUCGCUCUCGAGUUUGGACGUGGCUAGGCUUCAAAUGGAGGAGGAUGCCAAGUACAAAGCAACCACGCCCUCCACGACUCAAUAGGGACCAUUUCCGUUACAUUCUAAGUCAUCUCCUUUCUAGAUUCCAACAUCGGUAGUAUCGCAAAUGAUUAGUUUUCAGGUCAGAGGUUGAAUCUGAACUUCAUUUUCAAGGUAUUUCACGUGAAGUCCUUGACGAGGUCAUCAUGAUGUUACAUGUUGUUAAAUUUUUAUGGUGCUAUACAUUCUUUCACGUUCGCUGUCCAAAUAAAAAGACUGAAACUGA